GAACGAGCAAAUACAAAUUUUGCAGCUGUUGUGCUUGCUUGCUUUUACUAUUUUCACAGAAUUUACAAUUUUUAUCCCUUCAUAAUUGAUAAUACUCUACAAAUUCGAAUUUCACGGAAAUGGCAAUGGCACUACCACCCGUUCGCGGAAAUAUGGGGGACCUCCCGGACCUCGUCUACUGCAACAACUGUCUGGACCCUUCCCCCCUCCACCGUUGUUCGAAUGGUCACUACAUUUGCGACAUCUGCAUCAAGAAGGUCAAGCAGUGUUACGUUUGUGACGUGGAUUUGCCAGGAUCCAACUUUACGAAGAACGGACUUGCCCGACCGCUCUCGUUGAAAUAUGCGUGUCCACACAAGAAAGCCGGCUGUGUUGAAAUAAUUUCCGCUACAGAUUUGGAAAUACACAUUAAAAGUUGUUACCAUCGGAACAUUAUUUGCAACUCGACGGACAAUUUACCUUGCCGCAAUUCAAGAGUGGCCAUGUCGGAUUACGCAAAGCAUUUAAAUCAACGCCACAAAUACUACUUGCGAUCAUCAACGCGACGUUGCCUGUCAAUUUUGGAAGAUGGCAAGUUAUUAGCUGAGGGCUCCUGGCCGGUAGAAAUCUUGGAGGAGGAUGAGGAAAUAUUUGUGCUGCAUAAUGAAAUUCGUGGCGAUGAUACAGUCUACUUUUGGAUGACGGUGUUGGGCAGCAUGGAAGUCGCGGCGAAGUACAUGUUCGAAUUGAAAUUGAUCAAAAAGAUGGACGACGGGAAGGACAAGAUCGAGUUCUGGAAGAUGCCGGUCGUGGCGUUCCACUCUCAGUCCGUGAGUAGGAGAGGGUUUUCAUGUUAUGUGGUCAUCCCGCCGUCAAUCUUGCUGAAAUUUUGCACCCCGUUGGAACCAGUGGAAAAAUUCAAGUUUUGCUUUGAUGUGUCAUUUCGAAUUUGUAACCAAUUUGUUCCGUGGCAUGUCUAGUGUUGUCUAGAAAAUUUUGGAAGACGGAUAUGUAUUAAUUAGGUUUCAAAAGUGAAAAAUGAUUAUGUAAAGUCUGUGAUGCUGAAAUACGCUUUUGUUGUAACCAUUUCGAGUGUACCGCAUGUGCAUUUCAUUUUAGCUAAAGUUUGUGUACUUUUACUCUUUACAAAUACUUGAUUUAAUUUUAUGGACGUCGAAAUAAACUGCUUUCUCAAAUUA